UAAUGUCUUCAAAACAAGAAUGUCCGUGAUCAUUAAUAAUUUCGACAUAAAAUCGUAAUUAUGUGAAAAUAAUAUGUACCAAAUCAUUAUCAUAAAAUGAUUUAGUGUGUGUUUGUGAAUCGAAUGAGUAACAGAAUUCAUGAGUGGAGAUCAGCUGACACAUCUUGAUAAAUAUAUUUCAAAAUGAAUUCAAAUCGUAUUGGUAGGUUGUGAAUACUUUUUUGUAGCGAAAUAUGGGGAUGCCGGCCGGGUUGAUUUAGCUUAUUCUCAUGACUAUGGCAAGGGACGGCGACGUGCCAACAAUUUUUAACCCUAAACGCGUCAGAGCGCCGUCGGUGAUAAUAACUAGUGAGGAGGUGGUAGAGACUGAGAGAAGCGGCGGUGAUGGAGACCGGGAGCGGCUGAAUGGGCUGCCGACGCCGUUGAGCCCUCGCGCCCCGCUCACUCCACAGGCGUCGGUAUGCUCUGCACUGCCGCUGACUACUCAGCCGUCGCUGCAGCAAGCUUACAGCGAGUCUGCGGCCAGCAGCCAAGAUGAGGAGAGGCAACUCAGGGACAAGAAAUGUCCGCGCUCAUGCUGUUCUAAGUUUGCUAAGAAGAUCUACUACGGCAUAUGUGUAACGGUCACCCUGACUACAUCAUGGGUGACAACCACACACUGUAUAAAGCAUCUGUACCUGGAGGAACACUCAGAAAGUACUUAUGAUGUGGCGCACACAAUCAAAACCACCUCUGUGGCUUACAACAACAUCUCAUCGAAAAUCCAUGGACAUCAUCCAUACAGAGCGCCGUUCUUCACGGCGUGGUUUUGCACCAACUGGCUGAUCCUCUUCUACCCAUUAUAUCUGAUCGUCAUGCUGAUACAUAACAAGUGCAAAUCAGCGAAUGACAUCAUCUUCGACGCGUUCAGCGAUUUUAAAGAGAAGGGAUUCACUUUUGCACGAUUCAUAAGCCGGUGCGGCCUGUUCUGCUUGCUAUGGGUGGUAACCAUCUACAUGUACACGUACUCGCUGAAGAUCCUCCUGUCUACUGACGUGGUGGCGCUGUUCGCUACCAACGUGUCCUGCAUCUACCUGCUGUCAUGGGUCAUAUUGCAUGAACAGUUUGUGGGUGUCAGGAUCGUGGCUGCGAUACUGUGCGACACGGGUAUAGCUCUGCUGGCGUACAUGGACGGCAUCACGGGCAGCUCCACGCUGGGAGGAGUCGUGCUCGCCGCCUGCGCCGCCGCCGGAUACGCUAUAUUCAAGGUCUUGUUCAGAAAAGUGAUGGGCGAAGUGAACUCCGGGCAGCGCGCGUUGUUCUUCUCGAUCCUGGGCGUGGUGAACGCGUCGCUGCUGUGGCCGGUGGCGCUGGCGCUGUACCUCACCGGCUCCGAGACCCUGCCCACGCACCACCUGCCCUGGAUAUAUCUGCUGGUGGCCAGUGUGGCGCUACUUGUGUUCCACCUGGUGCUGCAGUUUGGCAACAUCAUCACAUACAAUAUAUUUGUCUCGCUCGCUCUUAUCACCGCCGUCCCCGUCUCUGCGGCUCUGGACGUGGUUUUGUACGGUGUUCAGUUCGAGGGUAUGAAGCUGGCGGGCAUCAUACUGAUUGGCGUGGGGUUCUUCCUAGUCAUGUUCCCGGACAAUUGGCCCGACUACAUCAUGAGGCUGCUCAGAUGGAGCCGCCGUCGCCAGCGCGGCAGCAGCGGCUCGGGGCGCAACCGCGACGCCAUGGACUACCGCACCGGCUACAUACGCUCGCACCUGCGCUCGCCCUCCGGACGCGUCAGGUGACCGCCCAUCGACACACUGACACAAACGCGUUCAUAAGGUUUCAUUUCGCGUGACAGCGUCCCGACGACAAUAAAUUAGAGCUAUUGUCUGUUUAAAAUUAAGAUUCCGGAUUGCAAAAAUGUAUUACAAAUCUUAGUUAUUUUAAUUUUAUUAUUGUCUUAUGAACAUGUAAAGCUUGUUUCAAUAUCUAUGUAUUGAUUUGUAACUAUCCUUUAUAAGUGGCGAUAGGAUUUCGUCACUGGACGUUGUCACAUUUUUAAAUACUCAUGUCUUUACAAUCUGACAAGGAUUAUAAUGAAUGGGACGAAAUUCCAUAUAAUUAUAAUCACAAUAAUGUAACCAUAACAUCAAAGUACCUGCACUUAUAAAAUUAUAAUUUUAUACAUUUUCAUGUACCAAAAAUAUCAUAAAAAAUGCAUUCAACAGCCCUAAUAAGCACAAAAAAAAAUCACAAAUUUCACACUUUUUAUUUAUUUAUUUUUAUUUGCAAUCAUAAUAUUAGACCUGCAAUGAAGAGACUGAGCAAAAAAUCGUGGGUGGAGAUAUCUCAAGAGUUGAGGGAGGCACACAUGCGCAAUGAAAACAACCGCGCGAGUAGCUCCUUCGAGGGAGCCACGACACUCGACAACUUUCGGCGAGCCAGCCAGCACGACCAGGGUGAGAAGGUGUGAUGCGGCAAUUGAGACCCGGUAACAUAUGCGAAGGGUUUGAGAGGUUAUCGUAACCUGUUAGAAGGAAUUAUAAAAAGCUGGAUAUUGAGCGAGAUGAUCCUGGUAUUAAUUGAAUCUUCUGCAGUACUGUUGUUCCAUUAUAUUGUGUUUGACUGCUUUCUUACUGAGUAACUGGAAGUUAUUAACAAAACGCACUUGUAAGGACAUAUUCCAUUGUUCGAGAUCGAUGACUGACAGAUGACGUCAUAUAAUUAUAGAUUUAGAAAAACAAGCUUAUACGCGCGAUAGACACGUUCAAUUUGUAAACAUUAAAGCUCUGUCCAGUCCAUUCAAAACUAGACCGUGCAGAACUCACUCUUGACGAUCUGAGUGUGAAUUUCGCGUACGACUGUAUAUUUAACGGGUCUCAAUUUACGUACUAAAUAUUACACCAACAAUCUCGAGUUACCCCCUAAAGCUCUACACCGGCUUGUUUGUAGCCGCUAUAAAACAUUCCCGUUUGACAUUCCAUUUGUUCUGUUUGUCGCUACUGAAUCUAGCGAGGCGCUAGUAUCGUUUUGGCGAACAGCAAACACUAAAUGUCGUUUUUGUCCAGUAGAAUAGCUUGCCAUAGAGGCCCUAUAUGUAAAUUUGUUGGGGGCCCUUCAGGGCAGUGUGAACUUGUGAACCUGCUUAGUAAACUAAGCAACAAUGUAGGCAUGGACCAAGAGGGGCCCCGUAUCAUUGAUACGGCUAAUACGGCAGAACCUAUGCUGCUGUUUUUGUCAUUGAUUGAAAUACAUUAAUGACAUUUGUCUUAUUUUUUAAAUAAUUGACGGAACGAGCAUGCCGUUGCCAUCGCCUGAUGGUAAGCAUCAAACUUGCACAUAAAUUGAACGGCUCUGCACUUAGUGUGUGACCCUGAGAUUGUCAUAAUGUAUGUACACUGGCUGUAGUGGUCCUUCGAACCCGAACACAACAGUCCUUGCACAUUAUUGAUUCUCGCCAAGUGUUCCAUGAUCCUUGUCAGAAUGUAUGACGAUUUAUAAUUCGAAUCAUAUUAUGAAUUGUUAAAAUUUCCCAUUUGAAUCAUAAUUCUAGUCGUUAUGUUAAUUUGCCUAAAGGUAAAAUGUAAAGGAUAUUAUAGUUUUUACGUAAUUGGUAGAAUUGUUUUGUAAUAUAAAAGAUCUCGUAUUGAACAUUAUGUUACCGAAUUUAAAGAUCUCUUGUACCCACCCCUAUUAAUAAGUUCACUAUUUUUACAUUUCUCCUACAUUAGAACUAUCAGUUAAGUUUGACUCUUUGCUAUCACGAAGCACAUUAAACAUUCUCUUUACAAUACUCAAUUUGAAACGAUAUCUCGAUGUUGUGAUCACCUAUAGAUGUUUAGUGUAGGUAUUGAGCCAUAUAAAAGUAUGAACUUGGAACAAUUUUUAUAGUUACCUUCGUAUUCUCCCACUAGGAUGAGUAUAAUUUUUUUGUGAUAAAAUUAAUGAUUCGUACUUUUAGUGGUCACAAUGGAUGGCUUCCGAAUUUGUAAUUUUAUAGUGAAUUCCCAUAAUCGUAUUCUAGUCAGGGUAACGUUCUAGUGACGUGACUUCAUUGUGUAAUACAAUAAUUUUAUUAUAUUCGUGAUGUGAUCUGUUAUGAAUUUCGUGUAUCAUUUUUUGUUUUGUGGAAUUUCUGUGAGUAUAUCGAGUCUUAACAAGGCCAACGUUAUUUUACGCCUACUUUAGACAACGGAUUUUUUAUUGAAUAGUGAACACUGCCCCUUUUAAACUUAGAUCUAGAAAUAUUACUUGUGUUUUACCAAAUAUCGUCACCAUAAUUGGCGUAUUUGAUCAAAUAUUUGCGCUAUCGCCAAUCCAAUAUCGACUUACUACAUAAGUACAAAAAGUCGGUAUUGCCUUUAGCGGGAAUGUUAUGACAAAGACGCCAAAAUGGCGGCGUGAGAGAUAUGUUUGCAGCGGUUCCACAUUAACUUCAUUCAUUCGCCUCACUUGCUCAUCCCUCUCUUAUCUUAACCUAAGUAUUAUGACCGCCCCAAUGUAGUACUAGUUAAUUUUACGUAGCACUCUCCUAUUACUUAGCUGUAAGCGUAAACCCAAGUAGCGUAGACGUUAGUUUCACGUUGUCCGUAUUCGGAUAUUUUAUCGAAUUGAAAGCGGUGUGUGCAAGUUCGCAUGUUAUGUCAUGGAAUAUACCUUUUUUAUAAGUUUUAUAGUGUAGUAUUUUGUUGCGUCACUAAUUUGUCGACAGUUGUACACAAUUAAAUAAUAAAAAGAAUUUUCUUAGGCUUUUUUCGUUUAACUGUUUUAUCAUUUAGCCUUUAUAAAGCUUUUUUUAUUAUUUUCAGGAAAAUGCCUUAAUUGCUAUUAGGUAAUUUAAUAAAUAUGUAACUUACAAUCACGAUUUUAGUAACAGCAAUUUCGAGAAUAUCCAUGACGUAGUGUGCGAACAGAACGCGUCGUCUACAGAGAUUGCAAUUAAUAAUUAUAUUAUAAAAGAAGUAUAAUAAUAACACGAUGUUACACCAUUGUUUUGGAUGGUUUGUUUAUAGUUACGUGCCUUUACGAAGUUAAUGAAUUGUUAUGUAUGUAUAUUUGUUGUAUGCGACGGUAUUAUUAUUUGAAUUGUCUUGUGAUAAUUAUUAUUGAGUGAUUCUUAUGUCCGAUUAUGCCAUUUCGUAUUUUAGGUCAAUUUCUAUAAUACAAUUGAGAUGGCGCGCAAUCGAUUAAUGGUCAGAACAAAUUUAGGUGUUCUAGUUGCGCCUCUGUCUACCUUCGGGGGUAACAAGUGUGAAUGUAUGUAAGUGUAAAUUUAACUUACUCCAACGUAUUAAAGAUCAGAUUUUAUAAUUAAAUCUAGGAUAUGAAACAGUUAUGGUAUGACACGUGGGAAUGUGUUUCAGAAAUAUAAUAUUCAUUUUUCUCAUCGUCACCAUAUGAAAUGAUGUAUCCAGAUCUCUUUUAGUACAUUGCGUAUUGCGAAUAUUUGUUGUCCUUACCUUUAACCCGUCAUGACUUGUCAAACAGCUACGCGUGUGACGGAAAAAUAACCUUAUUAUGUAGUAUAUAAGGUUAUAAUCCCGUGACACACGCAAAUGUCAUGUAGCUGUCUUGGCUCGCCGGCGAGCCACGAGAGACCAAGAGUUAACCUUUUGUGACUUAAAAUAGAAUUGUGUUAUAAGAAAUUGACUUAAGUUAAGUGAAGGUCGAAGAAAAUUUGGACUUUCUUGCACGCCACAUCACUAAACCCACAAACAGCGACAUUUUAGAUAAACUUUACGUUACGAAUUAGAUUUAACGCAAAACUGAAUUUUAGAUGCCGAUAAUCAAAAUCGAUUUUUAUCUACGAAAUAGUGCAGACAAUACUUAGUACAUAUAAGUGAUUUUAUCGAUAGUGUUGUGGCGUGUUAUCGAUAUUCAGCUUGUAUUUUGAGUGAUGUGUACUUCGUCUUAGCUCAACGUAUCCCCUGUAAUUUAUGAAUAAUUUAACGCGUCCUUGUAUACUUGUGAGUUUUUUACUCUAGCAAUUUUAUUUAUAUUUGUAUUCACGUUUGAUAUCUCAAUUUAUCUUAAAAACGGCAUAUUAAAAUGUUUAUAAAAACAUUAAUCAAAGUUUUGAUGUUAAAAAUUUUGUACAUUGGCUAUUGUUUACGCCAGUCUUGCUCGUUUAAUUGUAAAAUUGUAAAGACUGAAUUAAACAGAGACGAAUAAACCUACAAGACGUUACAUUACGAGUCUAAUCACAAAGCUUAUGCGCUAAUAGUGCACCGCGUUUGUUACAUGAAAACAAACGAAACUGCUAGAAUUACUGUUGCACGCGUUUUUCCGAAAUUCAACAAUACUAUUACAAUAAGUAUCGUUUUUAAUGAAGAAAGCGCGUGAAAUGGAUAAUUCAAUUCAUUAUCACCAUUUAUAUAGCGAACCCAGAUUUAAAUGGACUUUAAAGCUCACCACAACCGGCGUCUUUAGGUUUAUCAGUCUAUGGAAAUAAAAGAGAUUGAAAAUUCAAUUACGCAGUCAUGGGUGUAGUUAACGUUAGUAGAGGUUCACGUCGAUGUCUAGCGUUAGACUAGGUUAGGAGCCACGUGCGUGUGGAGUAGCGAACUACCCGCGAGUAGAUCUGGCCCUGUGAUUUUGUUAAUUACGUAGAUUUAACUGUUGGUCAUUAAAUAAACAUUUGGCAUAAA